AUGCCUAUCGUGGGCCACCUGCUCUACCUGAUAGCCCUUUGGUGGGCUGUCACCCCCCUCACAGAGGCUAUCAGCUUGCCCCGCGGGUACAACAAGCCGCUGGCGCCAAAUAGCGAUCCAUUCUAUACUCCUGACGCUGGCAGCUGGCGAUCGCAACCUCCGGGUUCCAUCCUCAAAUCCCGCCAAGUGACGAUCGGCUCGGCUCUUUUGAUCCCCAAAGGCCUUGCCGCGGGAUAUCAGCUGCUUUACCGGACCACCAAUGCGCGCGGCCUGCCCAACUAUGCAGUGACGACGAUUCUGAUCCCGUUCGGGGCCAAAUUGGAUCGUUUCAUCUCCUUCCAGACCGGAUACGACUCAGCCAACAAUGAUUGCGGGCCAUCCUACGGGCUGCAAUUCGGCGCUUCCACAAACGCGAGCGAAGCCAUCAUCGAGUUGACGGUCGGGAUGCUUCCAUACCUGGAGAAGGGGAUUCCGCUGGUCGUUCCCGACUAUUUGCAAGUGGACGCUGCGUUCGCCUCUGGCCCCACGACAGCAUAUGGAGUGCUAGACUCCAUGCGCGCCGUGCUCCGCUCGACACACAUAACCGGCCUGUCGGCGAAUGCAACGAUCACAAUGCAGGGAUACUCACAAGGGGCCUUGGCUGCGGAAUGGGCAGGCGAAUAUCGCAGCACCUAUGCGCCGGAAGUCCACAUCGCCGGGGCCGCGAUCGGCGGUAUGCCGGUCAACAUCUCCGAGGUCUUCAUCGCCGUGGAAAAGACCCUAAGCUCGGGAUUAGCUGCCGGGACUCUGGUCGGAAUUGGCAAUGCCUACCCCGAGUUUAGAGCGUACGUGGACGAGCACCUCGUCCCCAAGUAUCGACCGUUUCUCGAACUUGCACGAAAAGAAUGCGUGGCCGACUUCUAUAAGAUCGUCUAUGGUUACACUGCCCAGCUUGCAUUCAGGAAUAUCUCGGACUGGUUUGACAACGGACGAGGCUAUAUUAGUGACAACCUGGACUUGUUCAACGAGAUCGGGGUGCUCGGACGGCACGGGAUGCCAGACUUUCCAUUGUUUGUCUGGAAGGGGACGGACGAUGAGGUCGCGGUGGGUAUUGAGGAGCACGAUGCCCUGGUGCAGACGUGGUGUGAUGCGGGGAUUCCAGUUCAAUACCUGCGGGUGCACAAGACUCUUCAUACGCCUACCAUUCCGCCGGGUCUCCCGGGGGCGCGGGCUUUCAUGAUGGAUAUCUUUGAGGACAAUCCUCCGACUGAAUGCACGACAGAGGACAAGUUUGGAACCGGAGAUGAGUAAAUGAAC